AAAGAAUAAACUCUCCAACUCCGCCCCCCAAAAAUUGUCUGUUUCAACAAAAGUGCAAACUGCGGGAGGGAAAAGGCUACUUGUCGUCGUACUGUUCCUCCUAUAAACCGCAUCUGAAAGACAACAAAGAUCUAAAUUUCUCCAUUAUAUAUACGUAUUGGUGUUGUGUAUUGCUAAGAAUAACUAUCUUUCGGUCUCAAUAUUUUCGUUGAAAAGGACGUGUAGCUUUGUUCUGGUCGUCUUCUCCGCCAGAGUUUCUCGUAAUAAACUCUUGCCCACCACCUUAUUUGCACUUUUCUCUUCCUCGGUUUCUUCGCUUGCUCCUAUAUAACCCAGAAUGGCUGCCUCAGUGUUUCACCAGGCCAUUGGGACUCUUCAGUCUCAUGGACAUUUUAACAAUUCCGGUCUUCAUCAUGAGCAAGGGGACAAUUAUAUGAGAUUGAUUUCUAAGGGUUUCAAGGUUGAAAUUGGCCUGUCAAAAAGAGGAUGCUAUCGCUCUGUCCAGAGGAAGAUUGGUGUUGUUCAAGCCUCAACAUCUCAAACUUCAGUGUUUGAACCAGUUCUGUCCCCUGCAAAAAGCAACGCCAGUAGCUCUCAGAAAAAAUCAAAUGAAGCUGCUUUGAUUCUGAUUCGGCAUGGUGAGUCAUUAUGGAAUGAGAAGAAUUUGUUCACGGGUUGUGUGGAUGUGCCACUAACUAAGAAGGGUGUGGAAGAGGCAAUUGAAGCUGGCAAGAGAAUCAGCAACAUACCUGUCGACAUGAUCUAUACUUCUGCACUGAUUCGUGCACAGAUGACUGCCAUGCUUGCAAUGACCCAGCACCGUCGUCGUAAGGUGCCCAUCAUUAUUCAUAAUGAGAGUGAACAGGCAAGGGCUUGGAGUCAAGUUUUCAGUGAAGAAACUAAAAAGCAAUCCAUUCCUGUCCUUGCAGCAUGGCAGUUGAAUGAAAGAAUGUAUGGGGAACUACAGGGUCUCAAUAAGCAGGAAACAGCUGAUAGAUAUGGGAAAGAACAAGUUCACGAGUGGCGUCGGAGUUACGAUAUUCCUCCUCCUAAUGGCGAGAGUUUGGAGAUGUGUGCUCAAAGAGCUGUUGCUUAUUUCAAAGAUCAAAUUGAACCCCAGCUUCUAUCUGGAAAGAAUGUAAUGAUUGCUGCUCAUGGGAAUUCAUUGAGGUCCAUCAUUAUGUAUCUUGACAAAUUAACUUCCCAAGAGGUUAUCAGUUUAGAACUAUCUACUGGAAUACCCAUGCUUUACAUUUUCAAAGAGGGAAAAUUCAUAAGGAGGGGAAGUCCCGUAGCACCUACUGAGGCAGGAGUUUAUGCAUACACUAGGAGGUUAGCUCUAUACAGGCAGAAGUUAGAUGAUAUGUUGCAUUAAUAUCUUCAAUGGAUAGGUGCUUAACUGUUGAUGUCAUGAAUAGAGAGUACGAGGAAAAAACUGAUUUAGUACUGAUUCGCAAGAGCUAGCUAGUUGCAUGAAGUAUGUAACUGUACAGUUUGCGAUCAGUGGAUCAGAAAGCUGUCUACUACUAAUGUAGUCUUUGCAUGUGUGAUCAAGUUUCAUACUUAUAUUUUGGAAGUAGAUAUGUGGAAGACAUACAGACGUCUGCAUUUGUAUUUAUUUGUGUUUUUUCCUUGAAACCAAAGUUUUAGUUGGGAUUGGAAGAACUGGAAUAAGAAUAUUUCUUUGGCACCA